AUGGCAGGACCUAGUGGUGAUAAGUGCAGCUGCUCAGAGAAUCGCAGUGAUGACCCUCCACCUCUGAGUAUUACACUGAAGAAGACAAGAGAUCUGCCGAAGAAGGUGAAACAUUGGAACAUAGACCAUCGUCCAGUUGACAUUCUGCUUUUGACUGUGGAGUAUUGCGAGUUCUUAGCUUGUUAUCAUUACCUGAGAGAUUCCUAUAAAAGCUAUGAGAAAUCCAUUGGGUAUGUGUACUUUGGAAAGAUGGGUGACGAUGAAGAUGAGGCACUGAAAGUUGCUUUAGUGAAGUGUUCUAAAGAAUUCUUGGAUCCUGGAGGUUCUCAAACUGCUGCUAAGAAUGCCGUCACACUCCUGAGACCCAAGGCUACCUUUUUGGUUGGUUUCUGCUACAGUUCGAAUCCUGACAAAGCCCAGCUGGGAGAUGUGGUGAUAUCCUCAAAGCUUACAACAGAUUUUCACAAAACCCCAGUAAGUAGGGAUGUUGGUAACCUUGUCAGAAGUGCAGCUGAUGGAUGGGAAGCGCCAUUAGAAAACCCAGAAACACGUGAAGUCAAUGUACGUGAUGGAGAGAUUUUGAGUUGCUCUAAUCUGAUUGAUGCUGAACAGCAGUGUCAAUCACACCCUGGGGCAAUUGCUGUUGAAAUGGAAGGAAAAGGCCUGUUUGCAGCAGCUCAUGACAUGAAGAUGGAGUGGCUUGUCAUUAAAGGUGUUUGUGGUUUUGUACAUGGUGUUGCUUCUACAAAGGAUCCAUGGAAGACUUUUGCUUGUGUCAUGGCAGCUUCUGUUGUAUCCAACAUGUUGAAUAACUCUUUUGUGUUUGGAGACUGGCCUCAUUACGGAG